AUGUCUGGUACUUUUUAUGGUGAUAUAAAAUCUUACGAUAUUCAUACAUAUUGGAAUAAUAAUAAUGAACAGGAAAGACAAUUUGCUUAUAAAUUAAGAGAACAAGUUUGUAAAGAUUUUAAUAAAGAGAUAGAUGAUGGUGAUAUAAGAAUAUAUAAAUUUUGGGAUAAACCAAUUGGUCCACAUCCAAUUAAUAUGUGGGAAUUAGAUUUCAAGAAACCGGAAUUAUUUAGUAGGUUAGUACCAUAUUUUCAAUUAAAUCAUGGUAAUUUGAGUGUAUUAAUUCAUCCAAGAACAGAUCAAGGUGAUUUAAUAGAUCAUACAAAAUAUGCUUUAUGGUUAGGUCAUAAAUUAAGAUUAGAUACUUCACUAUUAAAGUGA